AAACCGACCAAUCGUUGAUAAAGUAGGUAAAGGAAAGCGCGUCCCCGUCUCGGCAGCUGUGUUUCUCUACAGUGUGAAGAGCGCAUCUUGUGUUCAGCGUAUUUCCACAAUACAGACCAAAAGACACCUGCAAAAAUGUCCGAAGACAAGCCUAAGGAGGGAGUGAAAACUGAAAACGACCACAUCAAUCUGAAGGUGGCGGGACAGGAUGGCUCGGUCGUCCAGUUCAAAAUUAAAAGGCACACACCACUCAGCAAAUUAAUGAAAGCGUACUGUGAGAGACAGGGUUUGUCGAUAAGACAGAUUAGAUUUAGAUUUGACGGGCAACCAAUUAAUGAGACAGAUACACCGGCGCAGUUGGAGAUGGAGGACGAAGACACGAUUGACGUAUUUCAGCAACAAACUGGCGGCUUCUGCUAAAACUCCACACCUCCUGGACCCCACACUUAUCUAUUUUAUUCCUCAUGAUGUUUCAUUCACAUUGUUUCCCCUUCUCUUUCUCUCUUUGCCUCUCUUCUGUCAUCCCUAGCUUUUCUAGAGUGGGCAUCACAGUUGUGUUUCCAGUAAUAUUUAUAUUCGCAAUGGUUAGACAGCUACUGUGGUGGAGGAACAAACUCGUGAGGGCUGCCAGAGGGUGUAGCUGUUCAGAUUAUCAACACCAGCCAACAUGCACCAUGGUUUAACAUUGCUCAGAACACUGAUUCUCUCAACAAGCCCCGGGAACCGUUGACCCCUCCAUAGUAUAUUCGCCCAAUAAAAAGUGAGGAAGCAUAAUUUUUUUUUUCUUCACCUUUCAUUUCGUAAGAGCUUUAAAUAGGCCUGUUUCAACUCCGAUUCUAUUUGCCUGUAUGUGUUGUAGAAAUAUGUUCAACCAGUGUUGUAUUCAUCUGCCUUUUUUAAUGGGGCCACUUCUCGUAUGAGCUCACUGUAGGGACGGGAUCUGUGAACCAUCUCGUCGGUCGUUUAAAAAUUAAGACUACUUGGCAUAAUUUACAGUGACCCCAUCUGGACCAAAACCCAAAUAUGGUACUCGAUUAGCUGAUGAGGGCAGGAUUACACCAACUAGUUUAUACUUUUAAAUAUCUGUUGAAAUAUAUCCAUAUACCAUUCCCCAUUUCCUCUUUUGUGUUGUUUGAGGAGACAGGAACGAUCUAAAAAAAGACCAAUAGAUAUUUUUUCCUGUUCAUUACUCCCACCCCCCCACCCCAGGGUCUUGAAGCAAAACAAAAGGGAAUCCUUUCUGCAAGGACUGGUCUGAUCUCCUAACAUCUCUUGCCCUCCCACUAAAACUCAUAUGGCUGAAAGGAAGAGAAGGUUUUAAGGGUUAACUCAAAGAUUUCCAGAUUUUGGCAUCCCUCUGUACUGAUGUCCUUUUUUUUUUUUUUUUUUUUUUUUUUUUUUUUUGUGUCCUUUACUACUGUAAACAAUAAAUAUAGUUUGGUACUCA